UCUCAUUUUAAAAAUAUCUCUGUCUUGUAAAACUGGAUAUUUAUGAAUGGAUUUGUAUAAAAAUUGAAAACUAUUUUUAUUGACUAGGCUACAUUCGGUUUAUAACCUUUGAAAGUACUCUAAUCUUAUCAAUUCAAACAAAACAAUUGCAUCUUAUUGCUCAACAUGCAAUAGAGCUUUCUAAUACUGUCUUCUACUCGAGAAUACUAACUUGAUAAGAGGGAAUUUUUUGUUAGGUUGGUAACUGUGCCAUACCGGUUUCAGACGAUUAUAUAUGGGUGGGUCAUUGGCGUAUCUGUGGGAUUUAAAAAACAAUAAAUACCGUAGUUUAAAUUUUGGAAACUUCGAAAUUUGGUAACGACAGUAAAUUUGUGAGGGACAGAAUUAGAAGGAAACAUGAACACGUUGAAAUUGUCCAAUUUCUUCAUAUUCUUCCUGAUAGUGCUACAAUCCGGCACUGAAAUAGAAGGCUACAAUAUUCUAUGCAUAUUCCCGUCAAUAUCAUACAGUCACCAAAAACCUAUGCUUGCCGUGAGUGAGGCAUUAGCUAGGAAAGGCCACAAUGUGACAGCUAUCACACUAAAUCCCAAUAAGAAAUUAAACCUGAAAAACUACAGACAAGUGGAUGCCAACUCCCUGUAUGAAGUUUGGGCGAGAUUACAGUCAUCGGUUGGAUUCAGUCUGCAGCAAAGAAUGACUGCAUUCGAGGUGGUCAAGGGAUUUGUCGAUUCUUCAGAAAUUAUGAACAGAGCAAUGUUGUACCAUCCGGCCAUAGAUGGGUUUGCUAGAGAGCUAGAAUCCUCCAACACAACCUACGAUGUAGUGAUCUAUGAAGCAUUGAUCUACACCAGUCUGCUAGGCAUGGUCCUUCAGAACGGCAAGCCCCUCCCUCCCACCAUCGGCCUUCUCACUCUAUCCGUUUUCUCGGACGCUGAUUGGUUCAUGGGCAACCCCUUCGCCGAGUCCUACAUCCCCACCCUCAACGUACCCUUCAACGAUCAGAUGACUUUUUACCAGCGACUGUACAGUCUAAUGGUUAUCUUGUACACUUGGCUGCAGGUAACCUAUAAAUGUAGACCGAUUCAGGAAGCUUUAAUGAAGGAAAGAUUUGGUCAAAAUUUACCAAGCAUAGAGGAAAUUGAGAGAAACCGGAGUAUGCUGUUUUAUUUGAAUGAUUUCACGACGGGCUACCUGAGACCUGUACAACAGAAUACUAUCUUUGUGGGGCCUAUAAAUGUGGAGAAUCAGCCUGUGGAACCGCUACCUCAAGAUUUACAAGAAUGGAUGGACGGAGCAGAGGAAGGGGUGAUAUACUUUAGUCUCGGCAGUAAUAUGAAGGGGACUUCGUUUCCAGCCGAAAAGAGAGCGGCCUUCAUUGAUGCUUUCUCCAGACUGGACAAAUUCAGAGUACUGUGGAAAUGGGAGGAUGACAGACUGCCUGACCAGCCAUCUAAUACAUUGAUCAGAAAAUGGCUUCCACAAAAUUCCAUCCUAGCUCAUCCCAAGACAAAAUUGUUCAUCAGUCAAAUGGGGCACCAAAGUUCUCAGGAAGCAAUAAACUUUGCAAUCCCUAUGCUGGGCAUACCGAUCUAUGGAGACCAGUUACAAAAUGCUCUCAAAUUUGAGAAAGAUGGCAUCUCCAUUCAUAUGGACAUAGAAGAUGUUGAUUUCAACGCAAACGUCUACAAUAACAUACAGAGAUUACUGACUAAUAUCACGUAUAAGCAGAGCAUGCUGAGACUCCAAAGACUAUCACGGGACAAACCUAUGUCAGCGGCUGAUACAGCGGUUUGGUGGGUUGAAUACGUCGCCAGGCAUAAGGGAGCUCCCCACCUCAGGCCCACAGUCCUUGAUCUACCCUGGUAUCAAGUCUACUUGAUUGACAUCAUUCUAUUCGUACUUGCGGUACUAGCAGUCAUCAUACUAUCGUUGUUCAUGUUGCUCAAGAUGCUAUGUCGUUGUAGAACAAAAGCUGAUAAAAAAGUGAAAGUAAACUAGG